AACCAGAAUAUUCUCUUCUUAAUCCAGAAUAUACAUCGGCAUUACAUUUAAAUCCCAUCUCAUUCAUAACCUCAACUAUUCCGAGGCAAUAUGAAGAUCUCUACUACUUUCCUCUAUACAUUCCUUGCCAUCACCACCUUAGGUGUUGCGAGCCCCACGGGCAACAACGCCGUUGCCGCCGAAAAUGUCACACCUGCUUACGCUGAAGCCGAGUCUUUCUUCGAGAAGCGUAAGGGCUGUAGCGGCGACAGGAAAGACUCAGACGUGUGUGGCGGAAAGAAGCUCGCAGAACAACACUCCUUUCACAACUGUAAGGGGAAAAAUAAGGGCAAAUGCUGCGCCAAAAAUUCAGACGGGACAGGAGGAAUCGACGUGAACAAGGGAGGUGGUGAAAGCUGUGGCUAUUGCUUCAGUGGCAAAUGCUCGGGCUGAUUAACCUCAGCAUGAGGACGUUUCGCAUGGCACCGGAAUGAGGAUGUCCAGG